AUGAAAUUUGAUACCCAAAAACAACAACACCACCACCACACUACUAUCGUUCAUCAAAUUAUCAUUGUUUAUUACUUUUAUACUACUACUACUUCAACUACUUCCACUACUACUUUAUCAACCAAUAUUUUUAUAUUAUAUCUUGUAAACAAAUACAAUCAAUUAUCAUUACCAUUUGUAGUAAAAGAUAGAAUGAAAGAUUUAAUCGAAGCUACCAAUACAUAUCUCGAGAGUUAUCAACCAUUGACCUUGGUUGCUGCAACCGCUGGUAUUACCGCUGCAUCCGUUGCAUUAAUCAAAACAUUAAGUGAUGGUGAUUUCCAAAAGAAUAUACAGAAAAAGUUCUUCUCAGCAGUAAAGAAUGUACCAGCUGUUAAACAAGAGAUCAAAAAGCAAAGAAGUAAGGUAAAGGAAACAUUGAAAAAGUCAUUCAAUACCGAUACCACCAAUCCACAUUACGUAUUGCCAGAGAAUGGUGUCGCUCACAGCCAGAUCUUGGCAGAGAUGCAAAAGUUGAUGGAGAAGGACGAGACCAAGUGGGGUACCUCAAAGGUCAGUGGUUGUGUAUAUCUAGGUGAGACCGAGCAUACGGAGCUCCUCAACAAGGCAUACGCUUUGUUCUCGCUCUCCAACCCAUUGCAUCCAGGUGUCUUCCCAAGCAUCAGAAAAUUCGAAACCGAAAGCAUUGCAAUGGUCGCCAACAUGAUGAACGGACAUCCAAAGGUUGUCGGUGCAAUGACCUCCGGUGGUACCGAGAGUAUCUUCAUGGCUGUCAAAGCCUAUCGUGAUUUCUACGCCGACAAAACUUCACAUCCUGAAAUUGUUGUUCCAGUCACUAUUCACGCAGCAUUUGACAAGGCAUGUGGAUAUUUGGGUAUUAAGAUCGUUCAUAUUCCAUUCGGUGACGACUAUAAAGUUGAUAUUGCAGCUUUGAGAAAGGCAAUCAAUAAGAAUACUAUUAUGAUUGCCGGUUCAGCAGUGAAUUUCCCACAUGGUAUUAUCGAUGACAUCGAGACACUCUCAAAGAUCGCACUUGAGCACGACAUUGGAUUGCACGUCGAUGCCUGUCUCGGUGGUUUCGUCAUUCCAUUCGCCGAGGAACUCGGUUACGAUAUUCCGGUUUUCGAUUUCAGAUUGCAAGGUGUCACCUCGAUGUCGGUAGACACUCACAAGUUUGGAUAUGCUGCCAAGGGUACCUCUGUCGUACUAUUCGGCAAGCCAAAGUUGAGAAGAUCGAUGUAUUUCACCGCACCAAACUGGCCAGGUGGUAUCUACGCUUCGCCAACCAUGCCAGGAAGCAGACCAGGUGGUUUAGUUGCCGCUUGUUGGGCUUCGUUGGUUGCUCAAGGUCACCAAGGUUUCAAAUCCAAAGUCGAAUCAAUCAUGCAAACCACCAAGAUCAUUCUUAAAGGACUUAAAGAGAUUGAAGGUAUUCAAAUUAUUGGUGAUCCAAAGGCAAUGGUUGUCGCUUUCACCUGUGAGAAUAUAUUCUUUUUGAAUGAUUUGAUGUCACAUAAAGGAUGGCAUUUGAAUGCGUUGCAAAAGCCAGACAGUGUUCAUAUCUGUGUCACUGCCAAGCACAUUGGAAUGGGAGAGACCUUUGUACAGGAUGUUCGUGAUUCAAUGAAGGAGUUGAAAUCGAUGGAUAAACUCCCGACCGACGGUAUGGCACCGAUCUAUGGUACCGCCUCGAGUGUACCCGACCGUGAUCUCAUCGGUGUUAUCCUCUCUGACUUUAUCGAUACUCUCAUCACACCAGACCAACAACAAAACAAAUCAUCUGCCUCACCCUCUGAAAAACAACAAUAA